AUGGCAAGCAUGGGACCCGGCGGCUUUCAUCCAGGCAUGCAGCAGCAUCCCGGCGCCCAUCCGGGACACCCUAUGGGCGCUCCGGGUAUGGCUCAUAACCCAAGCCAACCGGGAGCUCAGCCGGGUAUGCCUCCUCAGAUGGCAGCCCAUAUGGCGGUAUCCGGACCCGGUGGACAGGUCAAUCCCGCGGCCAUGAUGGGAGUCAUGCCUCCUGUUGCUGGUGGCCCCAGCGCCCAUGCUCUACAGCACCUAAACCCUCAGCAGCAACAACAGAUAUUCCAACAACAACAAUUCGCAAUAGCCGCCCAAAAUCCCCAAAUGAUUGCCCAGAUGCAACAGCAAAGGAUGCUACAGCAGAGGCAGGCGGCCAUGAUGCAACAGCAAAUAUACAGCGGCAUUCCUAUGAAUAUGCAGGGGAUAAACAUGAAUAACAUGACGGCGGCCCAUCUCUCGGCUAUGAGAAACAGUGCGAAUAUGCAAAGAGUCGGCGGCAAUAUGGCACAUAUGCAACAGGCGCAUCUUGCUCAGCAGGGCCAGCAUCAAAAUCCUCAGCACGCCCAGGUAGUUACACGCACCCCCAUGCGUUUUGAGCAUCCUAAUUCUAGACUUCGUGCUGACAACUAUAUUCACUUGCAGCAUAUGCUUGCGCAGCAGAUGGCAAUGCAACAGCACCAAGCCCAGCAUCAAGCGAAUAACCAGAUGCACCAAGGUAACCAGCCUGGCCAUCCCGGACAAAUGACUGCCCAGCAGAUCCAAAUCCAACAGGCGCAAAUAGCACAGUCGAUGGCGCAACAGGUCCCGCAAGGCCCUCAAGGCCAGGGACCUCAACCUCAACCACAGCAGCAAGGGCAACCACAGCAGCAAGGACAACAGCCUCAGCCGCCACAACAACAACAACAGCAGCAGCAGCAGCAGCAGCAGCAGCAGCAACCGGGCCAACAACAACCGGGCCCGCAACCAGGUCAGCAACCGCAACCGAACUCGCAAGGUCCCCAGAGAGUCCCGACGCCAGCAGUCGCACAACCGAACCAACCUCAGAAUCAAGGUCCAAGUCCCGCACAAAGUAAUCAACCGCAACAACCGCAAGGCCAAGGACAACCACCGAAUGGCCAGCAGAGCCAGCCUCAACAACCCACCCCGCAGGCAUUACAGGCUGCCCACAUGCAGCUGCCAAAUAGCAUCCAGCAGCAGUUACUACAUCAUCAUCAUCAACAACAACAACAGCAGCAGCAAAAGAACGAGAGCAUGAAGGGACAGUGCGUCUUAAAGCUACUUCAGUUCGGCGAGUACCUUAGCUCCUAUCCUGGUCCACGAACGAAGGAUGACCUUACAUACUGGAACCAAUUUGUCGGACAAUUCUUCUCGAUGAGAGGCAUCUAUAGAAUCUCUCUAUUUUAUAUCGGUAGUGAUACGGGCAACGAAGAGCAUGCGGACAAGCAGUACGAUAUAACACAACCUGCGCUAGCCCGCUUUUUUCAUACACAUUACGAGAGUGGCGUCCGAAGGAUCAAUUUGACGUUUGAGAAAGGCAUCAAUGACAGGCCAUUGCCAAACGGUUGCCAUUUCAUCGAGAGUCAAAGGGCGCACUUCACCUACUGGUUCGACAAUUCUCACCUCGUCGCGACAGGAAUACUCCGAGCGCAAUUUGAUAGCGAGCAAAAAUUAGAGUUAUUAGAAUUCGUCACCCAAAGCCACGAGGAGUAUCACUCUAGAAAGAUGGUUACUGAGGCGGCGAGACCGGCGCACAACUGGGUCAAAGAAUGGCUCAAGGUUAAUAACCAGGACUCGCGACUGUCGCCGGAGAUGAGCAAGAAGGGAAAGGCGAAGACAUUGAAGUCGCCACCAAAUCCACCCCCCGAUAUUGACCUACCUCCGUCAGCCGUCAAACAAAACAUAGGCCUCACAGAGGGUGUGUUCCAAUUCCUCGAGAUCAUAGAAGUUGUUGGACAGAUGAAUCCAUUAUUCAACUUUUAUCAUUCACAUCCAGGCCUCUCUCCUUACGCUGCACUUGAGCAAUACGUCAGCCAGAAUAUUACCAACGCCCCGCAGCAACCCUUAGUGAACGGCCAGCCUCAAGGUAACGGACCACCCAACCCGCGGACUCCCAGUUUUGGCCAAUUCCCCAUGGGCGCCUCGCCAGCUGCCGCGCAUCUGCAACUUCCAAAUUCGCCUCAUAUGGGCAGUCCCGCCCAGGGACACAUGCAAGCACCUGGCAUGCAACUACAACAAAGUCAGCAAGGAACGAGCUCUAGCGGGCCCAGCGCUAAUACGAGUCCAGCAAGCAACAAGCGAAGGAGGCCUUCAACGGUAAAGGCCGAGGAGGAAAACGGCGCUCCGACACCCGCGAGUAUCGGAGUCCCUCAGGUAAACGGCGUUACGAUGGCCAACAAGAAACCACCCGGAACGCCUCGACUACAGAAGCGUGCGAAGGGCAACCCUUCAUGA